AUUCAGGGCCAUCCUGUAUGUGCUCGUAAGUCUGAAAAUCAUUUUGGGUCCGAGAGAUUUAAAGAAGAUGGUCAGGACCACUUAAUGCCUGCUGUCUCUCUUUGUAAAAAGAAACUGUCAAAAAGACCUGGAUACAUGAGGGCAGAAGCUCAGCGACAGAUAGAGUUUCAGUCCCUCAGUGCCUGCAAACCCUUUGGCGCAGAAGAGUGCAAACAUGGCAGGCAGUGUUGUGGGGACUUUGAGAACUGCUCUCUAUGCAGACCAUGUCAAAAUAACUUUGAAUUCUUAUGCUACAGAGAAGUCAGUAGUGCUGUAGUUCCUGCUAGUGGGGUGACAUCAUUGGCCGCUACUGGAAAUAUGGCUGGACACUGCAAAAAUCUUUCAUGUUGCAUGAGCCCACGGUCAGAGAACACAGCGACGGUGGUUUAUCCUGCGACAGCAACAAGCAAGGGAGAUGUUUCUGCUGUAUGCUGUGACUGGCAGAAAAGCCAGGGUGCUAAAAUGAGCAGGCCCCCAAACAUGUAUGCCUUGGAUCAGACAGAAGUGAAUAACAACUGUGAAUAUCAAAACAGAGAUGUUUCUCAUUCUGUUGGUGCAUGUGAUAGCUUUAUUUCAAGUUUCAGCUUCAUACAGCUCUCCCUGAAUGCUGCCUCUGGAGUAGGCAGUGCUGAAGGCAAGUCAGCUAUCGGGGAGGCUGAGUAUGUUCUGCACCCCAGCACUGCAGGAAGUCUGCAGAAGCCAGAAGAGAUGGCGCAGGCUUGUGAACACUUGGGAGCUUUGCAUUGUUUCUCCAGGCCCAGUGAGGAUUUGGAGUAUGAAAAUGAAACCACAAUGAAUGAUAAACUACAGGAUAGUGAGACUGUCUCUCUCUCAGAUACAGAUGCAACAUUUUCAUAUUCUACAGAUUCCUCAAAUGCAGUGUCUGCAGGCUCUUCUGUCACCUCAGGCUAUGAAAGUAGCUUUACUGUUAGUGACCGUCACUGGGAUGCUUUCAUGAAAAAAUAUGAACCAGUGCUACAGGACUGCCAGCUUGGCAACCGCAGUACCCUGAAGAUAAAAUCCUUGAUCUUACGGCUUCAGAAGCUUCAGCAAAAAGCAAUAGAGGCAGAUGACUAUGACAGAGCUGAUAAAUUUAGGCGGAAACUGGAAGAACUGGAGAAAGAGAAAAAUUCUUUGAAAUUUCAGCUUCCUUCAAGGCAUCCCUCAAUUAGCAGUUUUUUGGAUAGGUUCAUUACUCAAGUUCAAGCAGCAUUGCGCUGGGCUUCCGAUCAUCAGAUUGGACAUGAAGAAACCCAGCUUUGUCAUGAAAAUGAACAUAAACUUUUGAAGUCCACUUACCAGGAGAGGAUGCAAGUUUCAGCCACAAAACGAAACCAACUUUUUCAGGAAAAGAAAUGGUUGCAGAAAGAAAUUGAAGACCUCAGAACAAGACUGGCUGUAUUAGAAGCAAAAGAUCAACAGCUAAGAAGAGAAAUUGAAGAACAAGAUAGUCUUAUUCAGUCACAGGACUGUGAACUGACUGCUUUACUUGGCUGUGUUUCUUUGAGAGAACUUCAGGAAAUAAGCAAGGCUGUGGAUGACACUUUAGCAUACUCCUAUCAAAUUCCAUUCAGUCUGGAUCUUCCAGGGACAAUAAAGAGCCUUCAGGAAAAAGAACAGUCAUUCAGCAUGUCCAUUAAAGAAACUACUGCCAAAGUUUGUACGACUCAGAAGCUCUGCAGUACUUUGAGGAGGAAAGUGAGUGAUAUUGAGACUCAACUACCAGCUCUACUUGAAGCCAAAGCGCUGGCUAUUUCAGGUAAUAAUUUUGGUACUGCAAAGGAUCUGACAGAAGAAAUAAGAUCAUUAACAUCUGAGAAGGAGGGGCUGGAAGGACUUCUCAGUGAACUGUUGGUUCUGAGUGCCAGAAAUCUCCGAAAAUUAGAGAGAGUCAAAGAUGAUUAUACCAGACUGAAACAAGAACUUGAAGAAGGAGAGGCUGCCUUUGGUAAGUAG